AAAUUAGGCCCAAAAAUAUGACUCUCAGGCAGAGGUUCCCCUCGGCAAACGGUCUUAUUUUCCCCUCUCUAAAACCUGGGUACAGUCCAGUGACUUUUGAGAUGCAUACGAGGGUUUGACGGGGAUCAAAUAAACCAAAGUCACACUCUGCAUGUCAGUCAAAUAUCAAUCUUUACAUGAACUUCUGGUUCCAGGUUGCCAGUGGUCUGAGCUUUCACACAACUAGGCAUCACUUACCGAUAUCAUGUCUUCUAGCGAUUCACCUAAGGGUAAACUAGAACUGGGCUCCUGCUCUUCUUCUCUUCCCCAAUCAAGUCCCAAGGAAGCAAACCCCAAUUACCCACUAUGGGCCUAUAUGGAGAAGAUAGGAAGAUGCCAUACUGGAGGGGGUAAUUGGAUGCUACGAUGCGUGCUUUGCAAGGCAGAGUUCAAAGGUUCGUACACAAGGGUUAAGUCACACCUUCUUGGGAAAGUGGGGACUGGGGUGAAACGAUGCCUAGGCAUAGAUAAUGAGACUUUGGCCACCUUGCUUAGGUUGAACGAUGAAGGUAGCACACGAAAAAUCAGAUCAUCCAGUAGAUCUUCAGUUCCCCUUCUGAAGGUUAACAGUGGCUCAAUUGGACUGAAAAAAAGGAGGGGUGCUAAUGACUUGGUUAAAUUGCUUGAUCUUGCACCGAAAGAUGUCCUCGAUCGCAUGAUUGCCCGUUGUUUCUAUGCUAGUGGAAUCUCACUUAAUUUGAUAAGAUCCCCCUAUUUUCGAGACAUGAUCAGAUAUGCAUGUGAGAACUCAUUAGAAGGAUAUGUCCUCCCAACUUUUGAUAAUCUUCGCACAAGUCUUUUGGAUGCCGAGAAAGCAAACAUAGAGCAAAGUGUGAAGCCAUUUAGAUCCUCUUGGGGUUCCCGAGGUGUUUCAUUAUUGACUGAUGGAUGGACUGAUACUACCGCAAAAAGGCCUCUUAUAAAUUUUAUGGCUGCAUCUGAUAUAGGUUCGAUAUUUUUAAAAGCUAUAGACUCUUCAGUGGAGAUGAUGAAUACUGACUAUAUGAAAAAUCUUUUUUUGGAAAUGGUUGCAGAGGUUGGACCAACAAGUGUGGUCCAAAUAAUUACAGACAAUUCACCAAUUUGUCGUGUGGCUGGCCAAAGGGUGGAGGGUAUGCAUCCUUAUAUCUUUUGGACUCCAUGUGUCAUUCACACUUUAAACUUGGCCUUAAAAAAUAUAUGUUCACCUGAUGACGAGAGAAAAGCUGAAAAAUAUUUACACUGUCAGUGGAUUAGAGAUUUAGAUAGAGAUGUAAAGAUGAUAAGAAGUUUUGUUGUCGAUCACAAUGCUGUCCUUACAAUUUACAGCCAGUAUCCAACGCUUCGUCUUCUUAGUGUUACAGAGUCACGCUUUGCAUCCACCGUCAUUAUUGUAAAGAGAAUUAAAGAAGUAAAGCCUGCACUUUGCAGAAUGGUGGUUGAUAGCUAUUGGAAGGUUUUGGUAGAGGAGGAUGCAGAAAAGGCACGAAGAGUAAAGAGCUGCCUAGUUGAUGAUUUAUGGUGGGAGAAAAUUGAAUUUUUGAUCGCUUUUACUGAACCAAUCCUGGCAAUGUUGAGGGCAAUAGAUACUGAUGAACCUACACUUCAUGAAGUGUAUGAUAUGUGGGCUACAAUGAUUGAAGAGGUUCGGGGUAUUAUUUUUCGGAAUGAGGGAAAGAACAUUUUCUUGAAUGAGAGUUCUUUCUAUGAAGAUAUUCAUAGAAUUUUAGUAGGUUCUUGGAAUAAGAGCAAGACUCCACUUCAAUGCUUGGCUCACUCUUUGAAUCCUAAAUAUUAUAGUGAUGAGUGGUUAGGAGAAGUUCCUAGUCGUCUCCCCCCUCACAAAGACAGAGAGGUUUCUGAUGGCCGAAAUGUUUGUUUUGCACGCCUAUUUCCAGCGCCCUCUGAGUUGCAAAAGGUUCAUGAAGAGUUCGAGAUGUUCUCUAUGUGUAAGGGGCAUUUUGGCCACUGGGAUGUCAUGAGUAGCAGAUUUUCUAUGAGCCCUAUAUCUUGGUGGGAAAAUUUUGGGGCCCAUGUUCCAAGAUUGGCAAAGUUGGCAGAUAGGUUGCUUAGUCAACCAAGUUCAUCCUCAUGCUGUGAGAGGAAUUGGGGCACUUUUUCACUCAUAAAAAAAAUCAAACAAAAUAGAUUGGCAUCACAACGUGCUGAGGAUUUAGUCUACGUACAUAGUAAUUUGAGGCUGCUUUCUCGAAGGCGUGAGGGUUUCUAUAUUGGACCAUGUAGGCUUUGGGAUGCAGUUGGAGAUUCAUUUAGUUUGGACAGGCCAAUAGAGCUUGAGAUGUGUAAUCUUUCAUUGGAUGAUCCUGUGACUAAUCCAAAGCCUUUUGAUGAGGAGGAAUUCAUUGCACGAGAGGAUAGUGACAUCGCCACACUUAGGCUUCCUAUGGAGGGCAAUGAAGAGUGACUAGCACCGAUCAUUUGAUUUUUUUGCUGUUUUUGAGAGAAAGGCAUGUAGCCCCAUCCUUGUCCCCAACUGGGAUAGUCCUUCGAGAAUUCGAACUCUCUCCAAUGGAACUUCUUGUCACUUUUCCAAUAGGUUCUAUGGGUAUUUUGGCUUUGACUCCUAUGAUUUGAGAGCAUGGAGCUACUUGCUUCUGCUCAACUGGAGAACAUGCUGACUUUGCAAAGAUCAUUGCUGAAUCAUCCGGAAGAAAUAGUUCAUGUAAUGCUCUCACAAGUUGCAAGGUAGAGUUUCUAGGAAUUUAACUUCUGGUGAGCUGGUUAAUAGAGUACAAAAUAAAUGAAAAAGGAGGUCAUUCUUUCCAACCUAUAACCUGGCAUCCUGGUUGAGCUGUUGGUGAAUGGUCUUCCCAAACGAUGAUGAAACCAUCUCAAAGGAGUGGUUUGAUUGAGUUGAACAAAGAAAUGGUUGAGCUGUUGGUGAAUGCCCAAAAGAUGAUGAAACCAUCUCAAAGGAGUGGUUUGAUUUGAGUUGAGCAAAGAAAAUGAAUGCGCACUUCAGAGAACCAAAGAAGGAUAAAUGGUACAAAGAAUUUGAUAUGUUGUAGUUACUUGGAGAGACUAGAGAGUUUUAAACAAACUUGAGGUCUAUCAGAGAAGUCACAGCUGCUGUUGAUGAAUGCUUGGAUGCUUUAGGAGGGGUGUCUCUGGAAAAGCUUUCUGUUAUCCUUGUCUUUGACUGGAGAGGCUCAGGAAAAAUUGCUCUACUCAUUUAGAUAUCUCCAUCUGACAUUACUGGAGGGGGGGAGUUAUAGCAUUCAUCACUGGUGUAUGUUAUCUGGUACACCACAAUGACAUCAGCCAGCUAUGGUCAAUGCUGCAUUUUUAAGGUUUAUUGCAUGUUCAUGAUGAAUGGUCAUUGAGGAGGGGAGGGAGGGCGGACUACGUUCAAUCGCGAUCGUUAGUUGUUGGCAACAUGCUGGAUGCUAGCAUGGAAUACCAUAUGCCAUUGUAGGGUAUACAUAAUCGCCCAUUAUGGAUACUUUUACAUAUGCUGAGGGGGAAACUCAAGGCUCUGACCUCUCAUUAAUUGAAUGUCUCACAUCUGUGAACAAUGUCCACAAGAACUUAGUUUGUUUUAUAGGGAGUAUACUUGAAUUUCUGCUCCAUAUUUGAUUCACAAUUUUGAGCUUUUUCACUCUCUAAAGUGGGAGAGUGUGUGUGUUCGUUCCAUGUUCUAUAUGUUUGAAAGCAAUCUUGGGCUUUUGAGGCAGACUUGUAUCUUCGCAAGGUCCACAAAUUGAAGGUGUUUGAUCCAUGAAAACUGAAGCCUCACUAUGUUCCAAGAAAAGAAAAAAAAGCAUGAAUCAGAAAUACUUAAAAACAACAUGAGCCAUGGGUCCACCAAAACAUAUCUCCUUUUAUAUUGUUGUCCCUAAGUCCUAGUUGUCUAGGGCAGUUUGCUGGUCGAACGAUUACAUAGAAUGGCCUUGAUAAUUUUGUGAACAUUAGAAAAAAAGGAGGAUAAUUCAUGAGCCCAAGGGCCUAAUGGAAUGGUAUGGGUCCCGUGGCCCAGGUUGAAGCUGAAAGAAAAGAACAGAACAAGGUUGUAUUGCAUGGAAACAAUUUUUUUCUUGAAAAAGAAUGUGAUGGACCUCAAACAUUGAAUGUAUGUUGACCUCAUUGAGAUGCUCCCAAAAAAAAAAAUAAAAAAAAAAAAAGGCUGGGAAGAGAUGCGGAUAAAAAAAUGACUCUUCAGACAUGCAGUGAGCUAUAAGAUUUUCAAAUCAUUCUCAUGGCUCCUCAAAAAUACAUUCCUCCAAAAAAGAAGUGGAGCUCAACAACUGCCUCGAAUCAACUUCGUCUCCCAUAUCAAACCCUUAAGCGUCCAGCCAUAUGACCAAUAUUUCGAGCAGCUCCGAAAAAAUAAACCUGAAGAAGAUUAUUUCUUUUGCUCGUCUCCCUCACCCCGGCAUUGUAGGUAAGGGAAGCACGAAAUUUGGGUUUCCAUGUGGAGCCCGCUGUCGUUUCCCAACAAAAAAUUUGCUUGGUAUAUGGAAAUGAGCACAUUUUAGUAGUCAUUCUUGUAAAGUUCAACGGGGGAUUACAUGGGCAAUGCAUGAGGGGUGGACAUGAACUCAUGUUUGUUGGGGAAUAACAAUAUAUCGCCAAAUCAAAAUUUUGGUAAUAAACUGUUGGCGGAUUGCCAUUGCUGCCAAUAGUGACCGGACCGGAGCUUCCUUUGGUGGAAGGCGAGAAAGUGGGCUCUAAUGAGAUAUGGGGGUUUCCUGUAGAGUCUCUAAAGAGGUGGUUGCUAUUGUUCCAAAUGAGAAACUUAAUGGCUCAGGCAAUGCCGAAGAAGGGAAGGCUGAAGGAAAGGACGGUGGAGUGGCGGAUAAGAUUGACAAAGGAAAAGGCAUGGCUAAGGCCAGAUCUAUUGUGCAACCUACGCGCUCUUCCUCCAGAAUUGCGGCUGGACAGCUAGGGGCCAGGAUUGACAAUGGUAGUGUUGUGAUUCUUAGCGAUUUUAGUGAUGCCGGUUCAAAAUAUAGCUGUUCCUCUUCCUCUUUCUCUUUCUCCAUGUCUGUCAGGGAUGCACCACCUGUUGGACCUGGUUCUACCUCUUAUUACAUUCCAUGAAGAUCCUAAGUUGGAAUAGGCAGGGAUUGGGUGGUAUCCACCUCAAGAAGGAGGUGCUUGUGCUUAUUAAAAAGUAUAGAUCUGAAGUUUUUUUUUUGUAGGAAACUAAAUUAUCUAGUUCUUAUACGUCUGAUGUUAGGGAAGUCUGAGGUCUUGGUUUAGUUAGUUUUUGUGGUAUUGAUGUCGAUGGUGCAUCGGGGGGCUAUGGUGUCUCUAGGAUCCUUCUGUUUUGCAGUGUGUGGAUGUUAUUUUUCAGAGACCCUUCUGUUAGUUUGAUUCUUGAGGGACCAUUUUCUAAUCUCAGAUGGUUAUUA